AUUUUUAAGUUAAAACAUAAAAUUGCUAAGAAAUUCUUUGCUGGUAGGAGAAAAUUCUGGCUCCUGCCGGAACUGGGGCUGAUCCCCUUUGCUUUUAGGUUUGGGGGAUAAGGCCUCAACGCCUGGCACCGAGUGAAGGCAGCUAAUGUGAUCUCCGGAGGCCUGGGAAGGGAAGCUCAGUGCCCAAGGGUAUGACUCAGCCAGAGGCACAGGGAAGAGCAGCCUGGGGUCCCCGCGGUAAUCUCAGCGACAGCGUCAAGCACUAUCAGCCCCAAAGUCACCGGCUCCGCCUCCUCUCUCCCGCUCCGCCCAGCACUGGCUCCUCGUGGUUUUCACCAGUUGCAGCGCAGACCGGGUGGUCCCGAGGUAUGUCCACGGUGGGGUGGCGCGGCAGAGAGACCCGCGAGCCCCCAAGGGGUCGGUCUGUGACCACUUUCCGGAAAAGAGCGAGGAACGCGUUCUGCGGGCAAAACGGGCCUCCACCGGCUUCCGACGACCAGCUUGGGACGCAGAGCCCUGGCGUCCCGAACAAGUGAGCGGCCCCAAAGGAAGGGCAGUCCAGGGUCACCAACCGGACCGCCAUGGCUGCGCCCGUCCGCCGUCUGUGCCACAUUGCCUUCCACGUGCCCGUGGGGCAGCCCCUUGCCCAGGAUCUGCAGCGCAUCUUCGGCUUCCAGUCCUUGGCGGCGCGGGAGGCAGACGGCUGGCGGCAGCUGGCCCUGCGCAGCGGCGACGCGGUCUUUUUGGUGAACGAGGGUUCGGGGACCCGGGAGCCGCUCUAUGGCCUGGACCCGCGUCACGCCGUGCCCAGCGCCACCAACCUGUGCUUCGACGUGCCUGAUGCGGGCGCAGCCGCCCAGGCGCUGGCGGUGCGGGGCUGCAGCGUGCUGGUGCCCCCCGUUAGCGUGCGGGACGCGCAGGGUGCUGUCAUCUACACUGUUGUCAGCUCGCCAGCCGGCAACCUCAGCCUGACGCUGCUGGAGCGAGCCGACUACCGCGGACCCUUCCUGCCCGGCUUCUGGCCCCUGCCCUCUGCAACCGGCCGGGACUGGAUCAGCCACGUGGACCACCUGACCCUGGCCUGCACUCCCGGCAGCUCCCCUACACUGAUGCACUGGUUCCGCGAUUGUCUGGGCUUUCACCACCUGCCACUGAGCCCAGGUGAGGAUCCAGAGCUGGGCCUCGAGGUGGCAGCAGAGUCCGGGCAAGGGGGGCUGAGGCUCACUGCCCUGCAGACCCCUUCAGGCAGUACUGUCCCCACCCUCGUGCUGGCUGAGUCCCUGCAAGGGACCGCCAAUGGACAGGACCAGGUGAAGCAGUUCCUGGCCCGGCACAGGGGGCCAGGCCUGCAGCACGUGGGGCUGUACACGCCGGACAUCUUGAAAGCCACUGAAGGGGUGGCGAUGGCUGGGGGCCAGCUCCUGACUCCUCCUGACGCCUACUACCAGCAGCCAGGCAAGAAAAAUCAGAUCUUAGCUGCAGGGCAUGAGCCUACCCGGCUGGCUGGACAGGGAGUCCUGCUAGAUGGCGAUAAAGGGAAGUUUUUGCUUCAGGUCUUCACCAAGUCCCUCUUCGCAGAGGACACUUUCUUCCUAGAGCUGAUUCAGAGGCAGGGGGCCACAGGCUUUGGCCAGGGCAACAUCCGGGCCCUGUGGCAGUCUGUGGAGGAGCAACACACCAGGGGCCAGAAAGCCCGAGGAGAGCCAGAGCUGGGUACAGCCACCUGUCCUGGAGGUCUGGGGAGUCCAGUACAGGGCCUGCUGGAACUGAGAAACACCUAGGGGCCCAGGGUGAAAGGCUUUGUUCCUAGGGGCAGGUGUGGCCUCCAUCUCAUCAGUACCUGCCAGAAGUUGAAUCUCUCACUGGGAUCCAGAGGUGGGUUUGUGGUGGUGUUUUUUUUAAAAAGAAUGAAAGGUUUCUUACACAGUCUAUAUCUAAUAUACAUGGUAGAUAUAAAGAAUAAAGGAAUUACACCAUUAGGAAGUAGAACAUAACCAAUACUUUUGAAGCCUCCUUUUGUGUCCUUCUCUGAUCCCAUUUCCCUCUAUCCUGCCCCCAAUUUUAUGAUUAUUAACCCUUUGCUUCUCUGUAUUGUUUCA